AUGCUGGCCAUCGGCUCGACCUCCAACCUCCACACCUCCAUGUACUUCUUCAUAGACACCCUGUCCAGCGUGGACAUAUGCUUCACCUCUUUCACUGUACCAAAAAUGCUGCUAAACAUCCAAACCCAGAGCCAAGCCAUCCCCUACAUGGUGUGCCUCACUCAGAUAUAUUUCCUAAUUUUGUUUCUAGAGCUGGACAACAUCCUCUUGGCAAUGAUGGCCUAUGAUAGAUUUGUAGCCAUAUGUCACCCUCUCCACUAUGCCACAACCAUCAGCCCCCAACACUGUAUCACAUCAGUGCCUGAGGCUCUGAUAGUCACAAACUUCUAUCCCUUGAUCCACACAGUCCUCAUGAGCACACUGUCAUUCUGCACAAGUGUCAGAAUUCACCACAUCUUCUGUGAACUCUAUGAAUUUCUAAAGCUCUCCUGCUCAGAUAUCCACUUCAUUGAGUUGGUGGUUUAUACCAUGAGGAGCUUUCUUUUUGUCAUUCCCUUUGUCUGUAUCUCUGCCUCCUGCAUGCAGAAUUUCUCAGCCAUCCUGAGACUUUGGUCUUCCCAGGACAAGCUGAAAGCCUUUUCCACUUGCAGUCCCCAACCUGCUGUGGUGUCAUUAUUCUAUAGGACUCUGUUUGGGGUGUCCCUGCUCCCCUCUUCCUCCUACACAGCCAAGGAUUCAGUAGCCAUGGUGUUGUAUGCGGUGGUACCACCCAUGUUCAACCCUUUCAUUUACAGUCAGAGGAACAAGGACAUGAAAGGGGCCUGA